GCCCUUCUCCACCCCGCAUCUCUUAACCAUCCACACGCGCGACUUUGGACCACCAGGAUGUUUACGAUGGUAAUGAUGCUGAUGCUGCUUUAUGCAAAGAUCUGAGCUUCACAAGAGAGAACACUCGUGCCGAAAAACAGGCACUUCUUUACAAAAAAAUACUUCUGCAAAUAUUUGAGAAAAAAAAAAGAUUUCGGGAUACACACUUUUUUUUUUUUUUUUUUUUUACUAAACGACCGUCAAUCCUUUUUGCAACACUUUGAAACAUUUGUUUCCCCCCACUUAUGUCCCGCAAAUCCUCCGAGCAUGACUACACCCUCCGCAGCAUGACCAACCUGAUGGGCGAGAGGAGGAAGAAAGCGGGAGGAGGCGACGACGACGACGGCGGAGAACGGAGCCUGAUCGCCGCUCCAUCCAGCGCGAGCCUCGCGAGCCUGGACGCCUCCGCCUCCCCGCCCGCCUCCUCCUCCGACGCCGCGCGCGCUGCCUCCUGCUCCUCCUCCGACGCCGCGGACUUAGAGCGCGCCGCCCGCAAGAACUUCCAGCGCGACGGCGCGCCGGCCUUCGUGCGCGCGCUAGCGCUGCUCGCGGCGCUCGGUGGCUUCCUAACCGGAUACGACGCCGGGGUCGUGUCCGGGGCCGUCCUGCUCCUCAAGCGCGAGCACAACGUUACGCCGCCGUGGCACGAGCUGCUCGUCUCAGGCACCGUGGCCGCCGCGGCUCUCUCCGCUCUCGCCGGCGCCCUUCUGAACGACGUGUUCGGCAGAAGAGCGUGUGUGCUGCUGGCCAGCUUCGCCUUCUUUGUCGGCGGGGUCGUGAUGGGCUCCGCGCCGAACAAGGAGACUGUUUUGGUCGGUCGGCUCGUUGUCGGAAUCGGGAUCGGUAUCGGCUCCAUGACUGUUCCUGUAUAUAUUGCUGAGUCUUCACCACCACAAAUGAGAGGACAGCUGGUCACCAUCAACACACUCUUCAUCACGGCUGGCCAGUUUGUGGCCAGCCUCAUUGACGGAGCAUUCAGCUAUGUGCAACAUGGAGGAUGGAGAUACAUGUUUGGUCUGUCGACCUUGCCUGCUCUUGUGCAGUUCCUGGGUUUCCUCUUUUUGCCCGAGAGUCCUCGCUGGCUUAUCCAAAAGGGUCUUACCCAGAAGGCUCGGCGCGUUCUCAGCCAGAUCCGAGGUAACCAGAACAUUGAUGAGGAGUAUGAGAGCAUCAAGAGCAGCAUUGAGGAAGAGGAGAAAGACAGUGCAGGAGAUGGCCCAGUGCUGUGGCGGAUGCUGACCUAUCCUCCAACUCGGCGUGCUCUCAUUGUGGGCUGUGGACUCCACAUGUUCCAGCAGCUUGCUGGCAUCAACACAGUAAUGUACUACAGUGCCACUAUUUUGCAGAUGUCAGGAGUGCGGGAUGACAAGCUGGCAAUCUGGCUGUCCUCACUUACCGCCCUUACUAACUUUGUGUUCACGCUGCUGGGUGUGUGGAUGGUGGAAAGGGUGGGCAGACGAAAAUUGACUCUUGGCAGCAUUGUUGGGACUUGUCUGAGUCUGUGCCUCCUGGCUGUUGGGUUCCUGCUCGCUGCUCAGCACUCUCCCCCUGUUACAAUUCACCAUGCUGACCCUGGCCUGACCAACACCAGCUGCUCUACAUACAUGUCCUGUGAAUGGUGCAUGCUGGAUCCAGGCUGUGGUUUUUGCUACCAGCAGAACAGCACUGCUGUGUUUGCUUCCUCCUGUGUGCCAGUCAAUCAGGCAUCCACAGAAAGAGCAGCAUGGGGCAGGUGCUCCAACUUAACACAGUCACCAUUUAACAGUUUGUGGGCUUAUAAUUUCUGCCCAACUUCCUAUUCUUGGCUGGUUCUCGUGGGUCUUAUUCUUUACUUGGCUUUCUUUGCUCCAGGACUUGGCCCAAUGCCAUGGACAGUUAACUCAGAGAUUUAUCCACUGUGGGCGAGAAGCACAGGCAAUGCCUGCUCAGCUGGAGUAAAUUGGACCUUCAACGUGCUGGUUUCCCUGACCUUUCUACACGUAGCCCAAUACCUCACCUACUAUGGUGCAUUCUUUCUGUACUCGAGCCUUGCUUUGCUGGGCUGCUUCUUCGUUUACGGAUGCCUCCCUGAGACCAAAGGCCGCCGACUGGAGGAGAUUGAGUCGCUGUUUGAAAGCCGUCUAUGCUCGUGUGGUGCAUCAGACUCAGAUGAGGGCCGGCAGGUGGAGUACAUCCGGGUUAAAGGAUCGAAUUACCACCUGUCGGACAAUGAUGGUUCAGACGUGGAAUAAACCUCAGGUGAAAGAUAAAAGAACGCUCAGUAGAUUCUCUCUCAGCUCUGCCCAUGGCUUGUGAAGAGAGUAGAAAAGGAAUCGCUUUUCAGCUUCACCCCACCAUGACACCUGGCCCAUCUGUAGCAGUCAGGCUGCAUCGUACAUUUUAAAGGAAAAUGGAACUGGCAUAUCUAAACAUACAAACAAUAACAGUGAUAAAGCUAUUUUUGUGAGAUGUCACUUUAAAGUAUUUGAGUUGUGGUACACUACAGUUUGAUACCGCAGUACUCAAAGAUACUGACAGCAUGCUGACAGAAGUUACACAGAAGUUGUGCUCGCUCAGUAAAAUGAGUUGUUUGCUAUACAGAACAAUAGUCAGUUGACUAUGGUAGUUUUAGGUUUUUGUUAAGAUUCUAGGCUCUGGCAUUGGCAACAUGUUCUCACCACAAUGUUCAGUUUAUCUCUAUAAAUUCAGUUUGAUUUAUUUCAAAGUUAAAUAGUGUGCAUUUUGCAGCAUACCAUGUGUGGGUUAUAACCUUGAUUCAGCCCUUUUAUCCCAAAAUUGCAUUUGGAGCUGAGAGUGUUGGAAUUGAUUUGCUCAGAAUUAGAGUUCUAUUUUACAUGAACUCAAAACUAUUCUGCAUUCCUUCAUAGUAUGUAAUGAUCUCUUGAUCCUGUUUUUCACUGUAUCUGUACUCAGACCCAUGUUUACCUUUAUUAUUUGACUCGAUUUAAUUUAGUCUUCCUUCACAGCCUUGUGUACAAACGGCUUUGCAUCUCAUAGCUCUUGUCCAUGUAACAGAGUGAAAUAUGUUUUGAUGAGUAGUGUAAUAUCCAAUGUUAUGUUUAUAUUGUACUGCUGUGAGUAUACACCUUGGUAGUUUGGUACACAUAGAAAAGUGCCGAGCAGACUUAUUGUGGCUAUACGUGUAACAAAGCAGUUGAUGGUAUUGUAAACGCAACAAUAUCAAGCAAACUAAAACAAGCUUGUUUUAAUGCUAUUACUGUUGAGUGUGUAAUAUGUGUUUGUUCACUGUUAGCACAAACAGAUAACAUAAUUGUGUUUUUAUGUCUAACACUGAGGUAUGCCGAGUUUCCUAAAGGGAGAAGCGCACUGCAGACGGCAGUCAGGUUUUAAAUCAGGUAUGCUCAUAUUAGCUCUGAUUACUGCAAUUAAAGAGAGAAUAUUUCAGGAAAGUAUAUUAAUGUCAGUUUAUUGGGACAGAGUUUUAUUGACCAGAUGUUAGGGUGUGCCAUAUGUUUUAGAAUGCAUUUAAAACUUGAGAAUGCUUCAAAGUCAAUAAGUCAGUGUGUUACUUUGAGGAAAGAGAUCUAAUCUAUCUAUUAAGUUUGGAUGUGUGUUUUCUAUGUUAAAAUAUAAAAUUAGUACUUUUAUUACUAUUAUUAUUAUGUGUUUUUACGAUCAACGAGAAACUAGUGACUAUAAAUAUGUGUAUAAUGUUAAUUUAAUUAUUGUUGCUCUAAAUGUUUUGCUAGAUUUAUAUUCUAUUAAAUAUUCAUGACAUUUGAAUAUUUAAAACAAUAAAAAGUUGUCCAC